AUGACUGUUGCUGAGUAUACUAGUAAGUUUAAGGAGUUGUGUCACUUUUCUUGUAUCUGUCAAGGGGCACCAGAAGAUUUUGCCGAAUGGAAGUGUAUUAAGUAUGAGAGAGGUCUUCAGAGUGAUAUUCUGAGCUUUGUUGCCCCAAUGGAGAUCAGGGUGUUUUCUGAAUUAGUGAAUAAGAGUAGGGUGGCUAAGAAUUGUGUGAGAAAGGCAACAGCAGAGAAAGGGAGUUUGAGGGUGCCUUUUCAGAGACCUUCAAGAAGAAACUUUGCUCCGAGAGGUAGGAAUUUCAAGCAUGGAGGCUUUGUUCCACAGCAGACUCAGGGUCAAAGUAAUUACAGAAGGCUGAAUACCAAUGUUAAUCAGGGAAGAAGGUUUGGGAAGCAGCCACAGCAGGAUCUGAAUUGUCAGAGGUGCGGAAGGUAUCAUCCUGGAGUUCCGUGUAGAGUAGGACUUGGAGUAUGCUAUUCCUGUGGACAGCCCGGACAUAUGGCCACUAAUUGCCCGGAAAAGAAGAAGUAUGAGACUGGAAGGGUGCAGCAGCCAGGGAGAGUAUACACUACUUCUACCAUAGGAGCAAGUCAUUCAUUUAUUGCAUUUGAAAAGGCCUAUGAGUUAGGAUUGAGAAUGGUGGUUUUAGGUUAUGAUUUGAAAGUAUAUAAUGCUACUCAUGAAGCUAUGGUGACUAGGAUAGGAUGUCCACAAGUUCUCUUUCGAGUACAACAGCGUGAAUUUGUGCAUGAUUUGAUUUGUUUGCCUAUGACUGGUCUUGAUCUCAUUUUGGGAUUGGAUUGGUUAUCCAAGAAUCAUGUUUUGCUUGAUUAUUCUGAGAAGUAA